UGACGGUUACGUUUCUCUUGUCGUUCGUUUUCGCCGUGUUUACAUCUAACGACGACUCAAGUGUUGUUCAUGAAAAUUAGCCCAAAGCUUAAUCGAUACAUAUCAACGAUCGAAGUGCUCUCGAGAUUCGAGUCUCUCUCUCACCGGUUGUGACAUUGUGCAAUGAGAAUUCGUGACGAUUGAUCAUUAUUGUGGAUUCACUUGGUUUCUUGAGAAGGGAGGUUAUGUAUGCUAGGUGGAACAACAAAGAGAGGAUAGAUAUUCUGGAAGUUGGACAAUUUUCCUGAGUUGAAUCGCUUCUGAGAUAAUUCAGAGAAGCACUUUGCUCCGUUGUGGUCUACCAGUGAACGUAGAAGGGAAAUUUGUUCUUGUCGAGGAGUGAAGUAGCCCGUUGGACCGUCUUGUCUCAUAUUUGCCUGUCACAGAAAGGAUGAACCACGUUCAAGGUGCAGAUCAUGGGAUGACGUAGGACCGACUAAAAUGGAAACUGUCGGCCAAACACAUAGACAGCACCACCCCUCCUUGGAGGCAACUAGAUCCAACACCUCUACACAGUCGGCUAGAAGCGAAGACUCCUGGUGCUCGGCGUCGGAUCAUGAUCUCUCCUCAGAUGACGAGAGUGAGAAGAGUAAUAUCAGUAUUAAAAGUAAUUGCCAAUUGAGGAAUACGUUGCACAAGGCAAGGACGCUGUGCGACAAGUGGAGGUCGCAAAAUAUGCGAGUGAACAAUGCUGACCCAUUGGAUUCGCCCGGAAACCAUGGAAGACUGUCGAGAUGGUUCAGCAUGCGUAGAGGAUCAACGCAACAAUACGACGUUGACUCCUCUGACACGGUGUCCCUUACCAGUCCUAUUAAAACACCCCAAAUGCCGCAACUUUGUGAGGUUGAAGAGGAGAACAGCGCAAUGGUGCAAUUUCAGUGCAUGCAGCAACGCAGGCAAACUCCACCCACUCUUCCACCGACACCUCCGAAUUUAACUCCACAACAGCUGAAACGUCGACACAUAGUAGCCGCUAUAGUACACUCCGAGAACAGUUACGUGUCCACGUUGCAGAGGCUAGUGAACGAUUACAAGAAACCAUUAGAAGAAUCUUCACCGCCUAUAUUAAGUCAGGCAAAAAUAGCGACAUUGUUUCAUAGAUUGCCUGAGAUUCUGCAAUGCCAUACGUUAUUCAGAAUUGCAUUAGCGGAAUGCGUGCGUUCGUGGGACAAGGAUGAAAAGUUAGGAGACGUAUUUGUAGCAAGUUUCAGCAAAGCUAUCGUUCUUGACAUUUAUAGUGGGUUUAUAAAUAAUUUUUCAGUAGCUAUGGAUUUGGCUAAACAGGAAUCAAAAAGAAAGACUGCACUUGCUGACUUUUUUAAGGUGAAACAAAUAAGUGCACAUGACAGGUUGUCCUUUUUUGGGUUAAUGGUUAAACCCGUACAAAGGUUUCCACAAUUUAUACUAUUCUUACAAGACUUACUAAAACACACACCGCAAGGACAUCACGAUAGGAUGUCGUUACAGUUAGCGUUGACUCAGUUAGAGAGUUUAGCGGAAAUGUUGAACGAGAGAAAACGCGAGGCGGAACAAUUCCAAGCGUUCAAAGAAAUGCUACGGCAUGUGUCUGGAAAAUUGUCUCAUCGCCCUCUUUCGUCUUCGUCUAGAUAUCUCAUAAGAGAAGAUAAUGUCACGCAAUUAGAAUUUAAUCAAAAUGGCAUGAUAACAAAAUCCAAGAGAAGAAGGUUAUUGUUAUUAAAUGAUCUCGUAGUAUGUGUUUCUGUAACCCCAAGAUCCGCAGAAGAUUUUAGCGGAAGUGAAAGGCUGACUUUGAAGUGGACGUAUCCUGUAUCGGAUAUCGAGAUUCAGGAUACAAGUACUUCGCCGACGUUAAGCCGCUUACUAACUGCUGGCCUGAAUAAAGGUGGUAGCCUAAAAUCUGAUAAGAGUGGAGAAUGUGGACAAGCGGGUGCGGAUAAUCUGUGCGUAGAAAUGAAUGAUCUGAUGCACGAUUAUGAGGUCAUGUCUAGGAUAAGUGAUUUAGUUGCACAACUAAAGGGUAAAUACGAGGGAAUGACACUCGAGAAAACUAAACAAAUUCUACAAUCCAUACAACUCUCGAUACAACAGAAGGAUGAAGAUAUGGUCUGGGCAGAUAGUUGCUGCUUGCAACUGGUAACGAAACAAGGACAAAUGUACACGUUCCAAACUGAAAAUCCUCUAGUGAAGAAAGAUUGGAUAACGGAGCUUCGAUUAGCGCAGCUAGCUUUAGAUCCAAACAAUUCGCCAUCUUGGGAAGUACCUGAACAAGAACAAAGACCAUCCACGAAAAUGCCACUGUUCGUUAGCUCGCAACAAGUGUAUCAUUCGCAACAUCAGACAGAAGUGCGUUGCGGCUGUUACUACACAACACAAAAUCCACGUCCUACAAGGCGCUGUGGCAGGAGUCAAAGUUACUUGUGGAUAUGUACAGGGGACGGUAUAUCCAGUCAUGUGACAGUGUUCGGUCAGUCGACAACAGCCUCUGCGACUUCCUUGAAACAAGCAACAGCCUUCGACCUGGUUGAAACCAGAGUUGCCGCCAUAGAAUUUGUGAAGGGUGUUUCCUCCGAUCCACUAUCGUUGGCGAGCGAUCUCGUGUGGAUGGGCACAGAUUCUCGCAAGAUCAUUAUCUACGCCGCCUCAGAACCUGAGAAACAAGAAGAACUGGGCAAUUAUUCCGUGUCGGGUCCGGUGAUACAAAUCAAGUAUCAUUGUGACAACGUUUUCGUCGCCCUAGGAACUGGUUCGCUUCUACUCUUCAAAAGACAAAUGGAUUGUACUUGGAACCUUCGAGAUCCGUUCGUAAUACCCUUAGGCUGCGAACCAGUAUCCUGUUUGAUGCCGAUCAACGCGUCUGUCUAUGCUGCUUGCGGCAAGAAGGUUUGGGUACUUAACGCAGUGAGUGGUGACAUCAUUAAGAGCUUUAGCGCGCAGCACGAACACGUUGGCAGUGUGAAACUGAUGGCUCAUUCUGGAGUUGGUCUCUGGGUUGCUCUAAAAAAUUCCAGUACAGUUUGUCUAUAUCACACUGAAACAUUCAAACAUCUACAGGAUAUCAAUAUAGCAUCCAAUGUGCUGAGAGUGACCAGGACGAAUAACGCCUCGAAUUCUUGCGGCGACAACUUGAACAACAAUCACUCUACCGUUACGGUAACAGCACUUUUAGCGUGCAAGGGCCUUCUAUGGGUUGGCACUAACGUGGGCAUCAGUUUAACGAUUCCUCUGCCACGAUUAGAAGGAGUACCUAUCAUAAGCGGUCGCGUGAACAUCUCGUAUCACGCGCAUUUCGGUCCUAUCACUUUUCUGCUCGCCAUUCAGAACCAAAAGAACACGAUAAACUGCACGACCGACGAAAUUGCAGAUGAGGAAAACGUGCAGCUUAGGUCGAAGGAGUCGGAGAACAAUAGAAACAGAGAUAGAGCUAGUUUGGAUUCCUCUAUGUCAAACAGUAUCGUGAAAUUAAAGCAACAAUUGGCGGGCAGUCCGGUGAUGCUGAGACGAAAACGUAGCAAGGAGUACGAGUACAGAGGCUCGAAGACGCUUCCAAGAGGACUCGGCUCUGGUGGUGGAUUUUUGUCGAGCUCGAUGUCCGGAUCGCAGAGCUCCGGAGAGAAUUGCGACGUUUAUGGACUGUAUGGGGAGCUGAUGUACGUGAAGGAUUACGAGAACGAGAACAGCUCUGGUAUCGAUCUGAUUUAUGAACCAUUAAGAAGAAGCGAUCCAGAACUGGCAGCCAUACCAAAUAAAGUUAGUACUUUAGAUCGUAGACUGAAGAUGAAAAUCACCAGGCCCAGGUCGUUGGAUCUAUCGAAUUGGUCGGUUGACUCUCACGCCAGUUCUCUGUACACGUCUUCCGGAUCUGAGGAAAAUCUCUCGCUAAAAACUGGCAAAUUGUCUCGAAAUAGUAGUACAGCUAGUCGAAAUGGUCCCUACGAGACAGCCAAUCCGAACAGUAGUAUAGGGCAGUCGGUACCAGAAACGAUACCUCCGCCUAAUAAUUUGAAGUCAAGCGGUAAAAAGAUAAACAAGACGUUGCAGCAAGUAGAACAGCCUAAACGAACGGUUCUAACACUGAUGGGUGGCCGAGGUUAUAUCAAUUGGAGACAACUGAAUACGCAAUCGGUCACCGACAAAGGCUCGAAAUCCGGUUACACUUUUAAAGAUCCCAACAGCAACGAUGCCCACAUCGUGCUGUGGGAAAUGAAAUUAUGAUACUCAGUUACGCUAGACCUAUCAUUUACGCCUACUACUACGUCAGUAUGGGUAGGAGCGUUAUAAAAUGCUAUUCAAUGGCCGAUUGCGAGCUCCGUAAUAUCGGCGAAUAGGACCAAAAAAAAAACUAUUAUCGAACUGAUACUGUCGUUUAAGUAAUAAGGAUACACGAUAAGGAUUCGUUAAUUAAUUAGCUCGAUCUUUUUAAGUUAGUCGCGGCGAGUGUGUUGUUCGAUGAAAAUGUUUUCUGAAGCUAUGUUCGAAACGAGGUUCAUUAACGUUCUCGAAUAUCCUUAUCGUCUGCAGUGCAAAGAUCUAGUUUUUUCGUGUAGCUCUCUAAAAGAAAAAAGCAAAAACAGAAUUCUUGUAUUUUAUUACAUACGCUUCCAACCUGUAGCGCGAUAAAGAUCUUAUAUUUUUGUUGUAGGCUGAGUUUGUCGUGUACACUCGUAUAAAUUGAUUUAAUCUUACUCCGAAUAAGUUUUUGUUUUGUGAAAAGGGGC